GUGGAGGCUCCCAUUCGAAGGCGACGGCGGUCGUCUAUAUUUCAGUCCUUAUCUCUCCAGAAUUAACGAAAUAACUCCGAGUUGGCAGUGAAUUUGACAGACUUUCACGUUGAGAUUUUUUUCAAAUUCUUCUCGGUCGAGCUUGCGGCGGGGCUCUGGAAUGACGGGGUGUGCCGAGAAUUUGAAUUAGCUCGCCGUUAGUUUGAAGAAAGAGUGAGUCGGGGUGAAGAGAGGAGCCAUUUUGUCCCGACUGUGUGGGAGAAAAGAAAGAGUGGAAAAGAGGAAUCACACGGGAGGAGAGCCUAUUUUUGCUUUGUGUUCUUAUGCUGUAGGGGGGAAACAGUCGGGCUCAGGAGAUAUAACUUGUCGGACACAUCUUCGGGCACGUUAUUUGGGUGGUAUUUAGCCAACUAGCUUGCCAAGCUAAUCAACAAAUCCCAGAUUGUUAACUGUUAACAGUCUACAGAAGCUGGUCCGGUUGGCUGAGGAGCUGGCUUUAGACUUCACUUAGGCGUGCUAGGUUAUCUGCUUUUUUGUAUUUGUCUGCGUGGGUGAACACAAGCCUUUUCAAUGGCGAAGAAGACGUACGACUUGCUGUUCAAGCUGCUUCUGAUCGGAGACUCGGGCGUGGGGAAAACCUGUGUGCUGUUCCGCUUCUCUGACGACGCCUUCAACACAACCUUCAUCUCCACCAUAGGCAUAGACUUCAAGAUCAAAACUGUUGAAUUACAAGGAAAAAAGAUCAAACUACAGAUUUGGGACACAGCGGGCCAGGAACGGUUCCACACCAUCACCACCUCCUAUUACAGAGGAGCCAUGGGCAUCAUGCUGGUAUACGACAUCACCAACGCUAAGAGCUUUGAAAACAUCAGCAAAUGGCUGCGCAACAUUGAUGAGCAUGCAAAUGAGGAUGUCGAGAGGAUGCUGUUAGGCAACAAGUGUGACAUGGAGGACAAAAGGGUCGUACCAAAAGCCAAGGGGGAGCAGAUCGCAAGGGAGCACGGCAUUAGGUUUUUUGAGACGAGUGCUAAGGCCAACAUCAACAUCGAGAAGGCUUUCCUCACGUUAGCAGAAGACAUCCUCAGAAAGACGCCCGUAAAAGAGCCCAACAGUGAAAACGUCGACAUCAGCAGCGGAGGCGGAGUCACAGGCUGGAAGAGCAAGUGCUGCAGUUGAACAACUCCUCUGUUUCACCCACACUAACGCACACCAACACACAGAAACACACAUUUUCUCUCUCUAACUGCUAACUCUAACUCUCUCGCCCUCUAACCUGUCUCAUGAGUUUUCUUGCACACUGACACUCUGUCUGUCUUUAUCAGAAUAAAACAAAAAAAACCACUUCACUCGUCUAAUCUCCACCCCCAUUAUUCUUCCAUCUGGUGAUCAUUUUUAUUUCUGAUAAAAAGAGAAAUCAAGUCACGUUUCUUGUCAUUUGUUUUUAAGGUUGUAAAAAGAAAAAAAAAGAAAAAUCGUGUGAAAAGACAAGCUCAUAUUUUUAAUAUUUCCUUUGCCUGAGCUAGUUGGACACCCUCACCCCACCCCACCCCACACCCCCCACCCACAGCACUCACCUUCAGUCAGAGGAAAUGAAAAGAAAAUAUAAAGAAAAUCCAACAAAAAAAGACACAUGUAGAAUUAACAUUUUGUACACUUAGUGGGGUUUCUGUUGUCUAACUGUAUUUGGUCAUUUACAAUUUGUUACCAAGUGACAGAGGCGUGGCUAGCUCCUUUUGUAUGUGGGGGUUUAUUUUGUCCUGUGCCUUAUAUGGAAGACAGGGGCGGGGCUGUGUGGUGGGCGGAGCCACAUCCACCCAAUGAAAUUACAAUUUAAUAUUCUGUGUGUUCGGACUCGUCAUGAGGUCGAACUGAAGCAGAAGCGUUUGAAUUUCUCCUCCAGCCAAGAGAACGGCAUUAUAUGUCCUGUUUAUUGAUGUUUUAUUUUUAUCUGUAUGAUUUAUUUUACUUUUAUUUUUAUUCUUUUCCCUUUUGGGUAUUUUUUUUUCCUGCAUGCAGACUAUUUUUUUGUUUUGUUUUUGGGUUGGAAGCGUUUCUGUAAUGUUGUGUAACGCUUGCCACUGGGUAACUGUGGGCGGGAGGUACAGAAGUUCUCUUUGGAAAUUCAAACAAUUUUGCAGAUCCAUUAAAAAUAAGCUUGUUUAAGUUAA